CAUUUAGAUGGUUGAUGAAGCUUGCACACUUAAUGCACAAAUUGAAUUGCUUAGAGGCUUGGUGUUAAUCGAUCGCAACGUAUGCUGUCUGUAUCGUUUGUGUUCUAUAUACAUAGGUAGAUACUUUAGUUUUACUACUGGAAUAAAGUGGUCAACUCUUAAAUAAUUUGAAGAAGUAUUGAAGGAAUUUAUAAAAUAAAAACUGUCUACAAUGGCUGAUGGUGAAUACGACAAGGAACAACUGAGAAUUCUUCGAAAUGCUUUUAAGGCUUUUGACCACGAUGGAGCAGGUUGGAUCGAACAUUCAGAUGUGUCCAGCAUUCUUGAAAUCUUGGGCCAGAAACUAGAACCGCCAGCUGUAAAGGCACUUAUUAAAGAGGUGGAUAAAGGAUCAACAGGAAAAUUGGAUUUUAGCCAGUUCUGUAAGUUGGCUGCUCGUUUUAUCGAAGUCGAGGAAGAUGUAGGAGCACUUCAAAAUGAGUUGAAAGAGGCCUUUCGUGUUUAUGAUAAAGAAGGAAAAGGUUAUCUAACAGUUGCCACAUUGCGGGGCAUUCUUCACGAAUUAGACGAUAAAAUUUCUAACCAAGAUUUGGAUAGUAUUAUAGAGGAAAUUGAUGCUGAUGGUUCUGGAACAGUUGACUUUGAUGAGUUUAUGCAAGUGAUGACAGGUUAGAAGCUGCCACUAUCCUAACACUACCCAAGGAAUUGACCGGUCUACAUAAGGCGUAUAUUGAACAUUUUAUUACAUAUUGUUGAUUUCUUAUAUUUGUUUUUAGUAAAUUCUUAAUAAGAAAUUCUUGUAAAAUUAUAAAUGUAUGCCUGAACUAUAUAAAAUGUUUUUGUUCGUAGGGUGGUGGCGAAUCCUUCCGCUAU